AUGACCGACCAAGCUUUGAAAGAACGUCUUCGCUUGCUCAGAGAGACUUCAAAAGCUCCUUCUAUUUCCGCCCCAACAAGAACCCAAUUCGAAUCCACACCCAUUCCUGCCAAAGCUCGUGGACCUCGCCUCCCGUACACAGACAAGCAAGUUGAUACCGACCAACACUUGUUCGAAAGGUUUCGCAAGCUUCAAUCUUCCAGCGCAUCACUACCCACACCGCCGCAGUCGAAGACGCCGUUGCGCAACGCCGCUUCAAACUCUUCGCAAACACAAUCACGCGACCAACAGGACGAGAUCGACGCUCUCAUCAAAUCCACACAGCAUCAGCUGAACGUCGAGCGAUCCACUUUCCCAGACGCUUUCAGCUCGUACAACGCUAGCUCCGACUACCUGACGGACUCGGACGCAGAAGACGUCAACGACCUCGCAAAAGACGCUGAAGAGAUCGUCAACGCUGUUCGUGACGAGCUUGCGCUUGAAUCGAGAUUUUCUCUGAGCGCAUCCCAGCUCAACCCGACCUCUUCAGAUCUCCAUUCCAACUCUCUCGAAGAAGAGCAACCCACCAUGGUCCGCUCCAAUCCAGAGAUCGAACAAGCCCUCGCGGAUGCCUCUCGUGACAGCGAUCUGUUCAGUGGUAACGAUGUCUCCAUCGAAUCGGCUCGAGCUGCGGGUCCCGCAAGCUCCAACAAGGCUCCUCGUCGCAACUGGCUCGGCGGACGCUUCUUCUUUGUCGUCAUGCUGAGCAUGCUCAUUAUCGCACUCUCCUCAGUUCCAGGUGCCUACGCUUUCGGUGCCGGCAAUAUUCCCUCAUUUGCCUACAUGGAAGGCAAGGCUUUCCGCCAUGGAGACAUCGAAGACAUUCUCGAGGAGCUUUUUAAGAAGGCCGGUGGCUCACUCUUCGGUUCCAGCAAGUUCAGCGGUCUCGACAUCAAGCGCACUUACUUUGGCAAUUGGCUACGCGAUUACAGUCAGGCCAUGGACGUUGCUGCCCUGCAAAAGAUGUCCAAGCAGGCCAUUCUUAACCUUGUCAUGGUGCUUGGUUUCUUGGCUCACGGCUACGCCACCGCUGAAUUCCAGGUCACCGACGAAAGGCUCGGCGUUUACUUGCCCGAAGAGCAUCUCGACAAUCCAAAGGGCUACGCUGACGGCAAGGACGCUCGUGAAUAUGACCCACGUCUUCGCGAGCCGAUCGACCCGCAGGAGCUCGAGAUUGAUCCGCGCUCUGGUAUGAAGAACUACUUGGCCAACGAGAAUGGUCGAUGGCGUACCGGCUCGGGUCUGGUCCGUCGCACGCUGACCCAAGUCAUCGAGAUGGGUCGUCGCGCACGUGAAAGUGGAAGGGACGCGGACCUGUACGAGGCCUACCGUCUGCUUGGUCAGGCACUUCACACGCUCGAGGACUUCCCCGCUCACAGCAACUGGACCGAGCUUGCUCUUCACCGCCUUGGUCACCACAAUGUCUUCCUGCAUGUGGGCGACAAUGUUAAAGUGCGCGCUCCUGACGGUACCCAGAUCGCCCCAAUUGUUACGGGAACAUUUGGCAGCGCCGACUUUAUCCAUUCGCUGCUCGGCGAAGCUCAGGAUCACCUGUCAGAAGCUUCGAUCUCGGACUUGAACAAGGCCAUGGACGACGCUAAACGACAGUCGAGCGGGGACAAUCGCAGCCCAGUUCAGAGCCUACUCGGCAUGCUCGCCAAGGUGCCCGGUGGAGGCGGAAGCAACGUCUCGCGCGAUCUUGAGGACGUUUCCCGUGGACCGGUCUCUGACCCUGCCAACAUGUCGCCGCAAGAGAUGUACGCCAACCUCUGGAAGAUCCUCGAGCUGCGCGACCGUAUUGUGAAGGGUAUUGAAGGCACGAUUGAGAAGAUUCCUGGUCUCAGCUCCCUCAUCGAGAAAUUGUUCAAUGAACUCAACAUCUUCGUCUUUACCCUCAUCGAGCCUUACGCCAAGCCUAUCAUGCAACAGGGCAUGAACGCGCUCAAGCUCGGUUCCGGAGCGGUCAUCAACAAGCAGGAGCAAUUCGAAGUGUUUGACAACCCCAACGCAUCCGAUCCCACCCACUCGAUGUUGAGCAAGGAUCACUUUGGACUCAUCCUUAACGAGGUAGCUGGCAACGUGGCUAAGAUUAUUGUUCGCAACACGGUGACAAGAAUUGUCAAGGCAUGGGAUGAUCGCAGUAUGGAUCCCGCUCGUGUCGCCGACGAAUGUCUGGCGCCCAUGGUCCAUCCUUACUGGAUUGGCAACGAUGCGGCGCCUGUGCAGAAGGAGAUGAUGGAAUAUGUCGCCGGCUGGGCCAGGAACCACUCUACUGAGAUCGGCCGCUUGAGCAAGCAGAGUGUGCGGAACCACACCAACACGCGCUCUGGAAAAGCUGAACCACACACGCACGGAAACGACCAACCGAACAUGGGCUCUUUCAUGGGUGGCGCCAACAGUCAGGCUGCGCACAGCUUCCAGAGCAGUCACAACUACGGAGCCAACAGCGGUGGUGGUUCGGGAGGCAACAGUAUCGGAUCGCAGAUGGCUGGCUCCGUCUCAAACUACAUGUCGAACCAAGUGCACGGCUUUGUGGGCAGUCACGUUCCUGGCGGAAACAAGAUUUUCCGAGAGCUGCCUGAAGGAGAGGCAGGUCGAGAGUUCGGUUCUGGUGAUGGACGUCGAAACGACGACAAUGAGUCGACGUCUGGCUACAGGCCAUCGUUCCCUCAAGCCGAGCCUACGGGCCACAGUGGUGGGUACGGCAGCCAAGGUGGUGGAUUUGCUCCCCCCGGUGGCCCUCCUCCCGGGUCAGGCGGUUACGGUGACGGAUACGGCCAGCCCGAGCACGGUCAGGGUGGCUACAACCAGGGCUACAACCAGGGCUACAACCAGCCACCACAGGGUUACGGCCAGCCGCCGCAGCAAUACCCUCCACCUGGAGGCUACGGUCAGAGUGGAUAUGGUCAAGGUGGCUACAAUCAGGGUGGCGGCGGCUAUGGUGGUGGUUAUGGCGGGGGCUACUGA